GUAGAUGAGAACAUUUAGUGUGAAGCUAGGAACAUAGCGAGCCAGACUUAGUCGGAGCAUUGUUUUUAUUUGACGUUCUCCAUAGUAUAUCGUUGUCCGUACCUUAAAAAUCAUGAACUAUAUUGAACCGUAUGUGUAACGUCUUAAAGUUGUUACUAAAUUAAUAGUAGAUAAUAAAGUUUAGUGCUAAAAGACAAACAAGACUGUAAACUAAAAGUGAAUUAAUUUGUUCAAUAAAUUAAAAUGGGUGUUUAUUGUGAGAUUAAUUUAAACAAAACUGGAUCUUAUCACGGUGGAGAAGAAGUAUCUGGCAUAAUAAGGUAUGCAUUAGACGAAUCGAUGGUGACUGACAGCAUUACGGUCUCCUUAAAAGGAGGCGGUCUCUUGAAAAUACAAAGACGACAUCGCAAACGUACUAGAAGAUACACCAGUAGAGAAGUUUACGUUGACAUCGAUAAGAUAAUGCAAGGACACUCGACAAUCGAAGCUGGACAGCACGAGAUACCAUUCAAAUUUAAACUACCAGAGAAAAUUCCACCAACAUUCAAUUAUAGAAAACUUAACGCAAGACACCGCAUCAUCUGCAACAUUAAAUAUUACAUUCGUAUGAAAAUCUACAGGCCAGGAUUGUUACAUUUGACCAAACAUUUUCGUAAAGAAAUCAAUGUCGUGUCUACUUUGACCCCAACACUACCAAUGGAGCCUGCAUUGUAUGGAGCACGAAGCAAAUUAUUCCAACUAUGUUCAAGCAAAACUAACACAGUAAUAAUGAAAGCUAAUAUUCUCAAUUCAGUAAUACCAAUCGGUGGAAGAAUCGAAAUACAGAGUGAAAUUGAAAACGAUACUAAUAUUAUAAUAAAAAAUGUUGAUGUUAAACUCUUAGAGGUGCUCAAAAUUAAGGCCAAAGGACAUAGUGCUUUGAAGUUUUAUGAUGAAAUACAAAAUUGUGAAAGUAAGACUGGUUCUAUACAAAGUGGUGCUACACAAGUGAUGCCGUUUAAUGUUGUUGUACCUUCGGAUAAAACUACUAUGCAACAUUCGGCGAUGGUGUCAAGGGACUAUACAUUUAGAAUAACUGCUAAUCUGCCAUGUUUUCAUAGAGAUGUCGUGUUGGAGGUACCUGUCCAAAUAGGAGAUCUUCAAAAAGAAGAGCUGAAUGAUGGUCUACCUUCAUACUGGGAGGCUAUGGGUGAGGCUGAGAAGCAUAAUUCGAGUGAUGAGGACGACGACUGAUGUUUUAUGUAUGAACCAGAUUAUAAUAAAAACUUUAUAUUAACAUGAUUAUGAGAAUGUGUUGCUAAGUCGUGUCUCGCAUACUAAUGUAAAGAAAAGGUCAUAAAUAUUACGUAUUUUUUUUAUAUUUCGAUGUUUUAGAGAAAAGUCUUAAGACAGUUAGUGAUUUUUGUGUAAUACUUAAUAUAUGUUUAUAUUUACCUGACUAUUGGCAUCAUUGCUAUCAAACCACAUGAUCGAUGAAUCGAAAUCAUGACGUGUGUCUGUAGUUGAUAGUAGACACAUGAUUCACGUCUGAAUCUGGUAAAAUAGAAAUAGAAUCUAAGUUGAAAAUUAUACAAACAUUAAGGUAAAAGGAGUUGAAAUUUAAUUGGUUGAAAUAUUCUCAUUCAAAUCCGAAUUAUAUGAACAUCUAGUAUCCGAAUUAAUCAAGGUUGUAAAAAGGUAGCAAUUAUUCUCCCAAUAUUGCCUAAAUUUUCAUGACAUCCUGUUAGAGUAUCAAUGUAUUAUUUAAAUUGUGGCUUAAACAGAUACACAUUUAAAAUAAAGAUAUAGUCUACGCAUUUAAAA